UUUGUUUCCGCAAAAAUCCUUGCAUUGCUCUCACCUUUCGAAAGAACAAAAGCACAGUUUCGAAAUUGUCGUGCUUUUUUUCCCCCUGAGUGAAUCGACGUCGUUGGUGUUUCGUAUCUGGGACGUUGUUCUAGAUCGACGAUUCUUUGUUCCUCAAUGAUGGAUAUUACCACUGUUAAACCCGUCGACACUGUGAGAGCAAUGCUUACGGAUGUACUCAUAGGCUUCCUGCUGGGAGCUCAAGUGGCCACAAACGUUACCUUAGUCCUGGCCAUAAUGCUUGUGGUGGGAUUCGCUAUGGCCCUCGGCCUGAUUGGAAAUUCGGAUAAGCUACAAUCUGGUACCGGUAACAGCUGUGAGCGGGGUGUCGUCAAGUCAGCGAAUGGGAACGGGUUGAAGAUGAAACUGCGAGACUUUAUGGUAAACUCCCUUCCUCGAGUAAGAAGCAGGAAAAAACAGAAGCAACAGUUGCUUUUACAACAACAACAACAGCAGCAGCAACAACAACAACAGGCUAACAGAAGCCGCCUCCUCAACAAUGGUGACGUGGACGAGAACAGGAACACGUACGCGUCGCCGGAAAUAGAAUUUUCGGAAAAAGAUGAGUUCUACUAUCGGGAGGCAUCUCCGUUCAGACACGUUUCUUCAGAGUCCAUUCGUUCGGAACUCGAAGAACUGAAAAUAGAAAAAUCACGGUUUGCAGAAAAUGUGAACUCUGUGAAUUUGAAUGUGAUCACGAACUCCAGCACGGACAAUAAGUGUCUGUGUUUUAAACGUCUCACCAACAGCUACGGCCCAAAUGACGUCAUACUAGGAGUUGGGUUGGGUCACUGUACCGACGAAGACGGACUGUUUACUUUCGAUCAUCUCAAGCAGACGUACAGUUUUAACACGGUCCCCAAGGCAAGGUCGAAAAUUAGAACCAACCCUUGGUGCAACCCCUCGCCGAAAUCGACACCAACAGGUUCCCCGACGUCCUCCCCAUCUCCCAAUUCGUCGUCGUCAAACUCGCCGUCGUUGUCCCCCACCGAAUCACGGCAACUUAGAUCAUGUGACAGCCCGGCCGUCUCCGAAAUGUCAACGGAGAGCUACUCUACCGGAAGUGCAAGCGGAAAUGAAAACCUGACCAUCAGCGCUUGCGCAUUCCAAGUUAAAAACUGCGUCGAGAACGUGAGUUGCGCUGAUCCGAAAAAAGACAUUAGCAACGCUGGAUUAAUCGUUGGUGAAAACGACUUUAACAAUACUCAGCUGGACAGACGAGCUCUUCUUACUGACGUCACCAGCUUCAACAUCAAAAAUGCUCAGAAAUGUGACGUAGGACAUGACGUUGUAAACUCCGACAACAAAGCGCCAGCAGACGACCCGCUCAGUGACUGCGUGAGCUUCCAAUACGAAGAGGUAUUGGAGUCGUUGCUCGAGGACGAUAAAGCGAAACACGGAUCGUUUGCGUCCAUCCAAGAUCUCUACGCUGACGAGGAAGAGACUAGAGACUAUUACUCGGAUUGUUCUCUCGGAUCGGCGGGCUCUGUGAGCUUAGGACACGAUUCCCCGCUGUUCAGCGAAGGCGAUUUGGAGAAGAGCGUGACCGAAAAUUCCAUUUUAGGCCGUAGGUCGCCUCUAUGUUACAGUCUCAACGCCGACUACUCCGCCAUGAAUUUCAACGGUCAUUCCGAAGACGACGACGACGGCGAAGAUUAUUCCUUUUUCCGGACCGGGGACUGUCUCACGGACUCCGCGAGCUCCACUAACGGCGACGCCCUCAGCCUUCAGUCCUGCGGGAGAUCGGAGUUGAGUCCGGAGUCCGGGUUCUGUGUCAGGCGAUCGGAAGUCGAAAGUUCCGGCAGGUCCCUGGGCGAUGUAAAAGCAAGUUUGGAGGAGAAAGUGAUACGCCUGCGCGAGGAGAAGUUACUCGUGGAAGAGAAGAUACGAGAAGCUCAAGAGGAAGACAGAAUACGGGUCCGCGAGAAGAUACGAUUUCAGAAACAACUUACCCUGCACCGGAAGCAGAUUCUCUUGAAGACGCUACAGGAGCUGAAGAACAAGCUAGAAGAGCAAGGUACGAGACUCCAGGAGAGCUACUCGGCCAUACUCAACGUGCAGAGGCGCUUCUCCCAAAGGAGCUCCGGGCUUCACUUGUUGUCAUCGAAGGGCGUCUCCAUGGAGACGACGUCAGAAUGAUGUCAUAAAAGAGCGCACUGUCAUGCGUCAUUUCCACUGAUUGUCAUAUUGGAAGACUAAACAGCAGAAUUGCGAAGACAAUUAAAGAUUGGUCAAUAUGAUGUUACCUGAUUGUAGGCCUUCCAAGAGGUAAACAUCGGCAGGUUGUCUUCAAAAAACAUCAAGUUUCGAGUUCGAAAAGGGUAGCGGAUGGGGGACUGGUCAGGUUUUGCAUACAGCCACAUUCAGUGAAAGUAGCGCCUCAUCGGUCUGAACUGUUCAUGGACUUCCAAUAUGGUAACCAGUUGAAUUAUACACACACAAACUUCUUUCAGCAAGACUGAAAACUGUUUUUGGCUUCUAGGCAUCUCCUCUCCUCCCUAGUCGGGUACAAAUCCCUUUUGUUCACCACUAGCCUCUUUCUGAUACGGUGAAAGAUAUACCACGUGUUGGUGUACAGCUCUGAAGUUACCAAUCCCGUAUACUGUCAAACCAUGCAGACAAUGGGACUAUUAUACAUGUGUUUACGUGGACAAUGUUUGACUAUGACAGAUCGAAAUCUUGUUGGCAACAUCAAGAGAAAAGGGAGGUAACUCAUAUGUAACCGUAGUCACCCUCAUAAAAUAUUUGACGGCUGUAGCUCAGCUGUACUAAAGAUUGUGCUAGAUAGAUUAGAGGGGAAGAGGGGAAUGGGAGAUAACUCCAGAGCCAAAAUAUUUUCUGGUCUUAUUAAAAGGCUGUUGAUUGGAUACAAGGGUAACAAGGUCACAUACUUCCUACUUAACAAAUAAUAUUUCUCGGUUAAUUUACGUGAAUGUGCGAGACUUGCGUCAAAAGCCCUUCCUAGGGUCUCAGCCCUGUGUGACCUUUACAGGAAUUACCAUGCAAACGUAACAAGUACAAUGCAAUGCAAAU